AUGUCGUCCAAACCACAAGUCGUCAAAAUCGAGGAUGUCGGUGCUGUUCCUCCUGCUGACGUCGAAGCCAUCCGUAUCGCUCGACUGCAAGCUCUCGUGCACCUCGAGUCACACGAGGGUCGCAACGGUCGCUUCUUCGGAUCGAGGCUCCCUGUUGAGCUACUGUGUCGCAUCGCGUACGAAUUGGACGAGCAGAAUCUCGUCAACAUGACCCACGUCAGCAAGAACUGGCGCAAGGCGUUGUUGGCCGAGCCCAGGUUAUGGUGGCGCCUCGAGGAGCUCGCGAUCAACCACGACGAAAGCAUUGGCAGGGUGUCCAGGUUCGCGCAAAGGUCCAAGGGGGAGUUGAGGUUCCUCGAGCUCGAGUUUGACAACAUGUGCGAAUGCGAGUCCGAUCUACCCGCUAUCGGAGUUCUGCGCUUGUGCUUGCAGGAGAUCGUGCGUCACGACGGCGCUCGCAAGCUCGAUGCGAUCGAGGUCAACAUGAGGGGAUACGAAGAAGAGGGGGAUGUGGAUGGAGCUUUCGAAUGCUUGGCAAUGGUUCUUCAGGUGUGUGAAUCGUGUCUCGUAUCCACUUGUAAGUAUGGCGAAGAAGAGUCACUUCUUCUCGUUCCCUUCACCCACUCGGCAGUUCUGUCAAUUUGCUGCGAUCAAUCUCAAGCACUUUUAUGCCGACACUCCUUUUGAGCGCUUUCCCUCUGGUGCACCCUUCUUCACGAUGCUGCCAAACGUUCAGCACCUCUUCAUCUCGACUGCGGCGCUGGAACUGCCGGGCGAUAUCAGUCUGCCUGACGUAUUCUCGGCUACCUAUUCCGGACGGCGCAAAGCCAACGUCUGCAAGCACCUCGAAAUUAUGAGUCUCUAUGGAUGCUUGCUCAUGGACACCCACUUCCCCGACAUGCCCGCAUUACGCGUCAUCGACUUGCUGUGAGUCAAGAGUCCACUGGCCGAGGCCAGUUGGGGCUGGUGAGCCGGGUACCAGACUAAGUGACUUCUUCCCCUUCAACCUCAGCGGGGUGCGAUGUGACAACCUGUACGAGUUGUUGUUAAAGGCUGCGUGGUCGUUGCAAGAUUUGCGCCUCGCAACCGUCGACACCAAGGCUCCCGCGCGCUUCAUAGACCCCGAAGCCACGAACAACGAGGACGCCGACUUGACGCCAGUCUUACAGUUGCCUCGAUUGCUUCACUUGCGUUACCGAUGCGAGCGAAAAACGCCUUCACUGUGGACGUCCCCUACCAAUGCGAUGGCGCUACCCUUCAACGUGGAGACGGCGGCGCUCAAAACCCUUUCCUUCAACACUUCACACUGGGCCCACAUCGAUUACGAUCAGACCUACAUCGACGACGUGUUGUCGACUCGCAACCUCGAAAAACAAGAAUUGAUCAACAUAUUCCGCCAAGCACCCAUGUUACAAGCUCUUGACCUCGGCCGGGUGCUUCGCGCCCCUUGCCCUUCGCUCCUGACCGAUGCUCUUUCGGCGACCGGAGGCGUCUCGGCCCUGACGCAUCUCAUCAUCAACGCAGGCCUCUCCGACAAGAACCUCGAGACGCUUCACUCUCUCGCUCCAAAUCUCAGGUACCUCGAUGCUCGCGAGGCGGGUGUGACCUUCCCUGCUCUCGCUCGUUUUGCGAAUCGGCUGCGCAAUGGUUCAUCCGCUCGUUUGCGCACCUGGCUCGACAAGCGGUUCCGUCUCACCAUUGUUGCCAGUAAGCCGGUCCAAGAGCCCAAGCUGUCGCAACUACGCUUGGAUCUACGCAACCUUCUCGUCACGCUCUCGGGAACGCAGGUCGCUCAUCUUGCGACGCAGCUUGUGCUCAACUCUCCGCCCAACGGACCCACGGUGAGCGCGGAUAACUCACGAGGGCUCUUCACGGCAUGUAGGAAGCUGAAGUCCCCUUCCUUUCGUGCUGCGCGACCGUAUUCAUAGUUCCCCACCGUCAAGGCCGAGAUAUUUUCCCUCGCCUCAUGUCCGACGACGCGUUCAUCGUCAGCCAUCAUGGACGGGUCACCCAGCGGCUCAGGGAACCACGGCGGGAAGAAGCCCGGCAAAAAUGCGACGAGGUCCGCUGCUCCGAGCUUGAUCAACGAAUCGGCCAGGCGAGCUCUCACGACGUGGCAAGUCAGGCGCGAGCAAGAUCUGGCGCUCGAGUGGUUCGAGAGUUCUCGUCUCGAUCUGAUGUGGGAACCUCCUGAAGAGUUCAAGACGUUCAAGUGGGACCUGGGACCAGCGCGCGUGGAUCCUUAUUUCUCAAAUCCGUGA